UUUUUUGUAGAAUAUUAACCUAAAAUUCAAAAAUGGAGCUUUAAGCAAAUAAUUUUGGUUUUAGUCUUGCAUUUAUAAGCAAUACCUAUAAAAAGUAUUAUUUUUUUGGUUUUUGUAACAAUGGGGAACAAAGUAGACUUUGAUCAACCAUUUUGUGGAAUUGUCGAACUUGCUACAAAAAAAUGCUCAGUUGAUUGUCAGCCAGCAUCGAGCACGUUUCUCAGGAAUUGUAUAAAUUAAGAUCAUCGGAAAUUGUACAUGAAACCAUGAAGCGAAUCAAGUUAAGUGAUGGAAACACCCAGCCAAGUCAGGGCGGAUCAAGCCCGUCGAGUUCGCAACGUUCUUUUAGCGUCCGUGGUCGUCGGGGUUUUGGAACCUCUGGGCAUCUGCCGCAAAACUCGGAAGUCUCACCAGCGUCUCCAGUGAGCCCUAGUCCAUGCUCCCUGCGUCCGAGCCGGAAGACCCAGGUCAAGGAUGGCGCGCAAAUGUCCCUUCUGCAGUACGAGGAGCAGAGAUCGCAGCAUGAUGAUUAUGUGAAGCUGGUUCAGGAUGCAUGCCAAAAGGUUUCAGGUGUUCCCUCGACUUCUGAGCCAGUGCGUAUAGAGAAACUGGCUUGUCCGGCAAAGAAACAAAAUAUCACCGAUGUAAGUUCUCCUCGAACACCCAAGCCAUCGCGAGAGGCGCCACAUAGUACUACCACUACUCCGGCUACUCCCAAAGUGACCUCGUAUGCCAAGCUGCUGGAAAUACUGGCCAAGAGGUUAAGAUCCCAACAACAAAGUCAAACCCAAGCAACCACCGACUCUGUUGUAGAGAUUACCAGGUCUCCAGAGCCCUCGAGUGCAGCCAUUUUCAGCUCUCCAGAGCCGUCGGAAAGGAUCAAGGAAAAUGGGGAGAAUUCACUCAAUGGCCCAAAAGCCCUCAAAAAUGCACUUGAGAAAAAGUUGAUCGACUCUCCUUUUUACAGAAACGAUAUCGUCGCUGAAUUCAAAGACAAAAUAGCUCGUUCUAGGGAGAACAUCAGUCGCCGUCGGAAACUGGCCUUCCAGGAACUUGCGAAGUCGCAUGAGAAACGAGUGGCCAUAGAGAAGGACAUAGAGCCGUCUGUUAUCAUUACAGGUCGCUCGGCCGGCAAUCCUGUCGCCAGGAAAUUCAGAAGGACAAGGCCAGGCAUUCUCAGUCUGAUGAAAAAUGAGUUGGAAAGAUAUAAGGAACUAAUAAACGGACCAGGGGAUAAGGUUCUUGUUGAGAAGUUUUCCAUGCGAAUCCAUCGCUACGACAUCUUAACUCUGGUGGGCACUUCCUGGGUUAAUGACGAGAUCAUCAACUUCUACAUGAAUCUGCUGAUGGAUCGCUCAAAGCGGCGAGCGGGCCAAAUGCCUAGAGUAUAUGCCAUGAAUACAUUUUUCCUACAACGCUUGCAGCAGGAAGGCUACAAAGCCGUGCGGCGCUGGACCCGUAAAGUGGACCUUUUCAGCAACGACAUCGUUCUAGUGCCGGUUCACAGUGAAAACGUCCAUUGGUGCCUAGCCGUUAUAGAUUUGAGGUACUUUAAGAUUCUCUAUUACGACUCCUUGGGCAAGUCGAAUCAAAACGUCCUGGAUACGCUGGAGAAGUACCUGAAAAGCGAGUCCCUGGAUAAGCGCCAGCAACCCUUCGACACCGCUGGCUUCCUGAUUGACAGCAUUCCAGCGGAUAAACUGCCCCAGCAGAAAAACUGCAGCGAUUGCGGCGUCUUUUGUUGCAUGUUUGCGGAGUACAUAAGUCGAGAUGAGGAGAUCUCCUUUUCUCAAGCACAAAUGAGCUUUUUUCGCAAAAAGAUGGUCCUUGACAUCUGUAGCGGGGAGCUGAACUAGGAGCCCAAUUUCUCCUUUCCUUAAAAACAAAUCUUAAAUUUGUAUUUAGAAUUUAAUUU